AUGUCAAGAUGUCUUAGCAAUCUUCUUAUAAGGCAAACUUAUAUUUGGGAGUAUGUUUUCGAGUUCAUGCAACUUAUGCAGAAGUAUCAGGUUCACCAAAAUCCUUAUCUCUCGCGCCCGUCCAUCACACCACCACUUCACUAUGCUUUCUCAACUGGCCUUCCUAACGUUGAGUCUAUGCGCCUAUGUGACUUCGCAGCCUUUGUCGAAGGUCGGGUCUGCGAACACGUCGAGCUUGCAAAUGGCUAA